AUGAGUGGAUCAAUUUCAUCUUCAGAUUCAGAAGAAACAUCGUUUGCAUUAACUGAAUAAGAACGAAUUUUAAAGAGUUCAAACAUAUUCAAACGAAAAGAAUAAAGUAAUAACAAAUGUGCCAAGCAUCCAAAUAAGAAAGUAAAUGCAAUAAUUAAACUAAGGCAAAAUAUUACGUAUAAUGUGAUAAAAGCAAAUAAUUUUGUUCUAAAUGUGCAUUGACUUUAGCAUUGAAAGGAUUGAAAAUUGAAGAGACAUAAGAAAAUUAACACGAAAUUCAAAGAGAACAACGGAUAAAUCGUUUUUAAGAACUACUACAAUAGGUAAUGGAUUAAUGUACAUCUAAAUCUAUGGAGUUUAAUAACAUAGAGAAAAUAUCAGCCAAAUAACUUCUAGAACAUCAAGAAAGUUGUUAAUAGUUCUUUGAUUCUGUUAUAUAGACGGCAAAUUAAUUAAAAUAAACUUAUUUGCAGAAGUUCUAAAAUGAUCAUCAUAUGCUAUUGAAUUCCAUUCAAGCUAAAGCUAGUUAAAUUAAAUAAAUUGAUGCACAAAUAAAGUAAUUUCAGAUUGACAUUGAGAAAAACCAUGAAAAUAUAGUGAAGAAAAUGGAAAUGAAACCUUUUGAGGAUAUCAUGAGUCGUUAUGAAAAGAGAGUUCUGUACACAAAAGAAUAAUUAUAAGAGUGUAGUUAAGAAUUCUAACUCAAACCCAUUAAAUUUGAACAAAGCUAAAUUUUGGCAGAUAUGAAUAAAAUGUGUUACAAUCUUCUAUUAUUAAAAAGUGAUGAUUCUUCAACAUCUGAUAGUCAUUCAUUAUAAAUCAAAUUAGAAAAUAGUCCUAAAAUUAGAUAGAACACUAAUAGUUCUCCUUUGGAUAUGAAAGUAUUUGAGAUCUUAGAGGCUGAAGAUAUUUAUUAAAGCACUUGUUCUAACCCAAUCAAAGAUCAUACUCAAUCUCCGAUUACAAUGCAUUAAUUGCAAUAACAAUAGAUUUAAAUAUCGAAAACAAAUUCUAAUGCCUAUUCUAAUCCUACUUCAACCAUGCAAUAUUCUAGAAGAGAGAGUAGAGCAAACACUCCUGAGAGCUGGCAUCAAAAUACAUACAUUCAAAAGAAUAAUCCAUUAAUAACCCCUAAUGAAAGAGAAAGCUACAAACAUAAUAUUAGUGUGGGAGAAUAAAUGAAUUCAUAAAAAUGCUUAAAUAAAUAAUCAAAUAUGAAUGAAAAGUAUUAUGCGUAGCAAAAUGAGAAAUAAAAGACUUCCUCCGAAUUCGAUAAAAUUAAUGAUUAAACUAAUUAGCCUUUGAUUAAAAAUCUAAGUUAAUUGUAUAUAUAAAAAAAUAGUAAAGAUACAGAUAGAAAAAGCUAUGAAGAUAGAUAGUAAUUAACACCCAAACAUCAAAAAAAUAUGACUGCAGCAGGUCCUCAAACCUUUAAACUAAUUACAAAUCAUGCUAGCUAAAGAUGUAAAACUAUUUUAUUAUAUCUAAGCUUAAUACUAAUAUCCUUAAGUGAACAGCAAUUUGCUUGAACAAAAAAGUUAAAAAGAGUUCUAAAAGAUUAAUUACGAUUCUUUGCCUAAUCAAAAAUCCUUUACUCCACUUCAUUAAGAACCUUAGUCUAGAAAUAAUUAAUAAUAAUAAUAAUAUUAAAAGACUGACAGUCAUUAAAAUAAAAGAUCCCAUUCCAAAUAAGCUAAGUAGCCUUCUUUUGAUCACAUAGAUGGUAAAAGGUAGUUUAUAUUAGCAAAUAUUAAUUCUUAAUAAUAUACUUCAUAACCUAGUUAACAUGCUUCAAAUGAAGAUACUUUGAAGGAAAGAAUUCUAAAAGAAUUAUGUAGUCAUCCCAGUGAGUCUAUUUACACUUAAGUGUUAAAACUGAAUAGUUAAUAAAAAUUGAAAAAUCAAAAACUAACCUCAAAAGAGAAUGUAGAAUAAUCGACAACUGUUAGAACCAAAAAUGGGAACGCAUUUUUAUCUGUUAAAAAACAAUCUUAUCAAUAAUGA